UUCCUGUACCCCCGGUUGAGGAAGUGAAUUCGCUGACAGGGCUGGGUUCCGCAAGGGAGCUGAAGAGAAAUAACAUCGGGAGGGGCAAAAAUAAUAACUAAAUAAUACACCGAGUCGAGCGAGCACAAUAAUUCGACAGCUGCGAGACACCAGUGAACGUUUAUUUCCCUUGUGAGAUCAUCAUCGAGAGCCGAAGACAUGAAUGACCAGCAGCUGGACUGUGCCCUGGACCUGAUGAGGCGCUUGCCUCCCCAGCAGAUCGAGAAGAAUCUCAGCGACCUCAUCGACCUGGUACCCAGCCUGUGUGAGGACCUACUCUCCUCUGUGGACCAGCCCCUGAAGAUUGCCAGAGACAGGGUGGUGGGAAAGGACUACUUACUCUGUGACUACAAUCGCGAUGGUGACUCCUACAGAUCCCCCUGGAGUAAUAAGUAUGAGCCCCCCAUUGAUGAUGGUGCCAUGCCCUCCGCACGCCUGCGCAAGCUGGAGGUGGAAGCCAACAAUGCCUUUGACCAGUACAGAGACCUGUACUUUGAGGGUGGCGUCUCCUCGGUGUACCUCUGGGACCUGGACCAUGGGUUCGCCGGGGUCAUCCUCAUCAAGAAGGCCGGAGACGGCUCCAAGAAAAUCAAGGGAUGCUGGGACUCCAUCCAUGUGGUGGAGGUGCAGGAGAAGUCCAGUGGACGCACGGCCCACUACAAGCUGACCUCCACUGUGAUGCUGUGGUUGCAGACGACCAAGACCGGCUCCGGCACCAUGAACCUGGGGGGCAGUCUGACCAGACAAAUGGAGAAAGACGAGACGGUCAGUGAGUCCUCCCCCCACAUCGCCAACAUCGGACGCCUAGUGGAGGACAUGGAGAAUAAGAUCCGCUCCACUCUGAACGAGAUCUACUUUGGCAAGACCAAGGACAUCGUCAACGGCCUAAGAUCUAUUGAGUCUUUGCCUGAUAACCAAAAGUACCGGCAGCUCCAGAGGGAGCUCUCUCAGGUCCUCACCCAGCGCCAGAUCUACAUUGACUAGGGCAGGAGGAGUGUCCAGACCCUGGCUGAUAAGUCCAAGCAAGAGUCUCUGAGGAACGACCUUAUGGAGGCGCUCAAACGCAAGCAGCAAAGUUAGACAUGCUGUAGUCCUCUCUCUCUCUCUCUCUCUCUCUCUCUCUCUCUCUCUCUCUCUCUCUCUCACUCUCUCCAUCUUUGUCUUCCUCUCUCCUCUCCCUGUCUCUCACACCAAAUCUCCUCACCUCACUCUUGCUACUCUCCUCCUUAUUUCUGUUUGUUUUUGUUUUCGUUAUUUUGUUAUUUUGUUUGUUUUCUUGUCCGUCUCUGUUGGUCCCUCUCACCACCUCUCUCAGUGCUGCACUCUUGGAAAAAGAAAAAAAAGGAGAAAAUGCUUAGCUUUGUUUUUUUUGUUUUGUUUUUUUCUUGUUUGUGUUUUUCUUUGUUGAGGCAUCAUCAUUCUCAUUGAAGCCAUUCAUCACUUACUGUUUCUCUCUAUCUCUGUUUCUCUCUCUGUUUCUCUCUCUCUCUCUCUCUCUCUCUCUCUCUCUCGAUCUCUUUCUCUGAUGUUAAGUUUAAUAAUAUUCUGAUAGUAUUAUGAUGGUUAAUGAACACAUUGCGGAAUGAGAGUGGCUUGUGCACUCCCCUCAGCUCUCAAUUACACUCUCUCACUCACACACACACUCACACACACACACACUCACACUCACAUACACACACACCGACACACACAGACAGAUACAUGCAGACACUCACACAUGUGUGUAUGUGUGCGUGUGUGACUAGCCUUACCUCUGUAGCAUCACUAAGGCCCACAGAUUUAAGACCCCUACACCUUGAGAGGAUGAUAAUGGUAACAACUUUGCCGAUCUUAGCCGAAUUCCACACAUGCCUCCCAACAUCAGAUGGAAAAGUUUUGUUGUUAUUUUAUUUUGUUUUGUUUUGUUUUUUCCACUGGUAUAAUUUCUGAUAAAGCCCCAACCUCCUAUAUCUGUAUGGAAUAUAACUGUUGCUCCUAAAGAAAGACGUACUGUAACAAAGGUUAUUAAGAGGGUCAUGCUAGAUUUGUAUUAUCAUUUCAACAAUUAUUAUUUUGUAAUAUUAUUAUUAUUAUUAUUGUUGUUGCAACCGAUGGUUGGUAUACCUUACAACUCUCUCUAGCCCAUACCAGUGUGAGUGUGUGGUGCUAGUCUACGGAGGUUCGAGCGAACUGGGCAUGUGCACAAGGGGUCGGGUCUGGGGGUGCGGGAGGGUAGAAGGUUGACCUUGAAAGUGACCCUAUGACCUUGCAAACAUGGCUUGACUGAAAUGAGGGAGGAGAGGUGAAGUAUACUGUGGAUGGUGAGCAUUUCUGCGAGGAGCCCCUCCCCCCAUCUCUCUCUCUUACUGUGUACUACCACAUCAGUUUGUGUCCCUAUCUUUUUUUUUCUCUCUUUUCUCUGGUCUGGGGUCUUGGUUUCUGUCUUGGAGUCUUGUCCAGAAGCUUCUUGGCUGUCUGUUCUUUUGGGUGGGGGUUGGGUGUGGGGCUGGUGGAUUUAUCAUAUGUUGUCAAAAUUGUUUCUUUUUUUUGUUGUUGUUUUUCGUUUUUUUUUUUUUUUUUGUAAAGCUUUGAUUCAUGUUGUAUUAGAGCCUCCAGCAACAAUAAAAAACUGUAAAAUGCUAAA